UUUAAAUUACAGUACGCGCUAAAAAAAAGCAGGGGGGGGGGAAUGUUCAGUGGGUGCCUCUAAAUUUUGUGCGGAAGAUCACUGGAACCAGCAAAAAUAAGAGAAAAGAAUAAAUGGGGGAUGAAAUUGAAGCCUCUAGCUAUAAUGGGUAUCGGUUAAUUGCAGCUUUCCUGGCCAUGGAGCCCACCGAUUGGGUCAUCUCCUUAGCCAGAGAAUUUGGUGGAGGGUCCAUAACACAGGAAGUUCAACGUUUCAUUUCUGAACAUUGUAUCAAUGGCCUGGCAUGCAACAAUCCCAACAGCCAUUUAUACAUUAAAAGCUUUUUAAAGAAGGUUAUUCUUGCUGCUGAAUCAAGCUCACAAGAGGUGUUGGAUGGCUUGUACGAGCAGUAUGUGCAUUAUAUGACCUCCUUCAAGGAUGACACUGUAUUUAAGGGCACAGCUAGGGUUUAUAAACGAAUUUCAUUUAUAUUCCCUGGCCAUAGUGGGGAUCUGAAAUGUCCAAUUCCAAAAAAAAUGGUUGUGCCAUUGCGGUGUUCAUUAAACAUGCUCGAAGGAGAUACGGGAUGCUGUGUCUGGCCUUCUAGCCUUUUCUUAUCAGAAUGCAUACUUUCGUUUCCUGAGACCUUCUUGAAGAAGUGUUGUGUGGAGGUCGGUGCAGGUCUUGGUUUAGUUGGUAUAUGCCUUGCUUCUGUCAAUGCCUCCAAGGUGACACUAACGGAUGGGGGUUUUUCUACUUUGGUGAACAUGAAGCAUAAUUUGGAGCAGAACCUAUCAGUAACAGAAGCUGAGACCAAGCUAGAAGAGCAUCAGAAUUUCAAACGGGUAGAGUGCAAAUACCUGUCUUGGGAGUCGGCAUCAGAAAGUGAGCUUCAAAACCUUGGAGCCGACAUAGUUUUAGGAGCCGAUGUUAUUUACGACCCAUUAUGCGUGCCGCAUCUUGUUCGGGUUCUUGCUGCCCUAUUGAAACAAAAAAAUUAUUGGCCUCAUCAGGGGAAGGCAAGUCGACAUGGUGGGGCAAAUGGGCAUGAUUUUGAUGAUAAUGAUGGUGGUGGGGAUCAUGAAGGUGAACAUGGUUGUUGUAGAGGUAAAAUGAAUGGCAAAUAUGAGGCAAACAAGAAUAACCAACAAGAAGAUGAUGAUGAAGAUGAUGAUGAUGGUGAUGGUGAUAGAAAUAACAAUGACAGUGAUGGUGAGUGUUCGGCAUGGGGAUUGUUGACAAAGGGAAAACCCAUGGCUAUGAUAGCAACAGUUAUUCGAAAUAUGGAUACUUUCAAUUAUUUUCUUAAGCUAUCGCACGAGGCACAUCUUACAGUUGUAGACGUAACUGAGAAUAUGAAGCCAUUGGAACUACUCUCAUACAUGUACUCAUAUGAUAGGUCGAGUAUUCGGAUGUAUAAUCUCACUUAUUCAGGCAGUUAAAUUGUAGAGGUGAUACAUUCAUGGUCGGCUCCGAGAUCACUUAGUACCAGUCUUCUGUACUCUUUUGCUCAGAGAGAUGACACAGAGGUGCUUGAUGAACCUCUCUAUGCUCAUUUUCUUAAGGUCACUGGCAUAGAAAGGCCGUAUCGCGAAGAAUUGUUAGCCAAAAUGGAUUCGGAUGGUGAUAGGGUUGUCAAGGAGGUAAUUUAUGGUCCUGGAGAGAAGACGUAUCGCUACUGCAAGCACAUGGCAAAAUUUCACCUUCCUGGAUUACCAAGUGACUUGAUGAAGAAGGGCAAACAUUUUUUAAUAAUUCGGAAUCCUAUUGAUGUUUUGGCAUCCUUCAAUAAAGUGCAGACAGCCUCAUUUUUUGAGCUUGGGUUGGCAGAGAUGGUAAAGAUAUUCAGUGAGCUCUGUGAGAUUGGAAAACCUCCAGCUAUCAUAGAUGUGGCAGACCUACAAAAAGAGCCUGAGGCAGCCUUGCGUGGUCUUUGUGAGGAUUUGGGCAUUCCUUUUCAGUCAUCAAUGCUCACGUGGGAAGCUGGUCCAAAUCCAAUUGAUGGGAUAUGGGCACCCUGGUGGUACAAAAGUGUACACAAAUCGACAUCUUUUAAAUCAACACGGGAGUAUCCAUUGCCAUUUCCAUCCGAACAUUAUGACGUACUAGAGCAGAGCCUUCCAUUCUACAACUUGCUAAGGAGCUUUGCUAAGCGCACGUCAUCCUUCCGGAAAUCUUUGUCCUCACCUCUACCUAGUCUUCCUGUUCCUGCCAAUGAAAAAUUGCUUGUGUGGGUGGGUGAUGAGUUGAUGACUCGUGAAAGUGCAAAGGUCUCGGUGUUUGACUCAGUUGUCCAAGGUGGCGAUGCCGUGUGGGAAGGACUUCGAGUUUACAACGGAAAACUUUUCAAGCUUGAUAGACAUUUAGAUAGAUUAUUUGACUCUGCAAAAGCUUUAGAUUUCAAACAUGUUCCAGAGUGCAUUGAGAUUAAGCGAGCUAUAUUCUCAACUCUCAUUGCAAAUGGGAUGCUAGACAAUGCACACAUUCGACUCACCUUAACACGGGGAAAAAAGGUGACAUCUGGAAUGAGCCCAGAAUUCAAUCGUUAUGGAUGCACUCUAAUUGUUCUUGCAGAGUGGAAACCACCAGUAUAUGACAAUUCAGAAGGGAUAACCUUGGUCACUGCUACUACACGCAGAAAUUCCCCAAAUAACUUGGACUCUAAGAUUCAUCAUAAUAAUCUCCUUAACAACAUUCUAGCCAAGAUUGAAGGAAACCUUGCGAAAGCAGGUGAUGCCAUCAUGCUGGACAAAGAUGGCUACGUGUCUGAAACAAAUGCAACGAACAUAUUUAUGGUGAAGAAAGGCCAUGUAUCAACACCUCAUGCUGAUUACUGCCUUCCAGGCAUUACCCGAGCUACAGUCAUGGAUCUUGUGGUGAAAGAAAACUUUCCAUUAUCAGAGAGGCGUAUUAGUUUAUCCGAGUUCCAUACUGCUGAUGAGGUUUGGACAUCGGGAACAAUGGGAGAACUUACUCCGGUUGUCAUGAUAGAUGGUCGAGUUAUCGGUGAUGGAAAAGUGGGGCCAGUGACUAGAAGGAUACAAAAUGUAUAUAAGGUGUUGACAGCAGAAUCUGGGGAGUCUAUACCACACACUGAAUAGAAGAAGUUAGUUGGAAUAAACUUUCUUAGAUUUUUAUUUGGUCUCUUCCUGCUCUUCUUCUAAUUUUAUUUUGGAGAUUUUCUCAUGUGAUCCCUGGUUUUUCAAUAAUGUAAUCUCCACACAUUAGUGUCAUUUGAGACUUUGAAGUGAAGAGCAGUGGAAGCAUUAUCUGCUGGUUUUUCUGUUUUUGCCCCAUGCUCCCAAGCCUGUGCUUUAUGGGACAUUUUGACAUGGCAUUUGACACAAAAGGUUGAAUUCUUUUUACCGAUUGAAAUGUAGACCAAGUUCUCAGAUAAAUUAGGAGAAAUCUCUCCUUUUUGUUGGAGAAAAGGGAUCGAUCCCAAUUUUCCCUUU